AGAAUAUGUGAGGGAGAGCAGUAGUCACAUUUCCAACACUGGAGACGAACGUUUGUGUGAGAGCAAGGAUAUAUGCACAUAACAAUUGAAUUGAAUUGCAAAAAGAAGAAAAGAUUAAUCAUGACGACCAGGUACAACUGCUCUUUCGUCACGUUGGAAAACAACACCUGGCGCUGCCCGGAGGAAGUGAGAUGCGCCAACUUGACCUUUGACCUGAACGACAGCAUGGAUCUGGGGGACGCGUGCCUGACCCAGGAGGAGUACCUGGAGAAGUACCUGGGCCCUCGUCGCUCUGCUGUCUUCCUCCCCGUCUGCCUCACCUACCUCGCGAUCUUCCUGGUGGGUGCCGUGGGAAACGUCCUCACCUGCACCGUCAUCGCGCGCAACAAGGUCAUGUGGACCCCGACCAACUACUACCUGUUCAGCCUGGCCGUGUCCGACCUGCUGGUGCUGCUGCUGGGAAUGCCCCUGGAGCUGUACGAGAUGUGGAAGAACUACCCCUUCAUCCUGGGCAAGGGCGCCUGCUACUUCAAGACCUUCCUGUUCGAGAUGGUCUGCUUCGCCUCCAUCCUCAACGUCACGGCGCUGAGCGUGGAGCGCUACAUCGCCGUGGUCCACCCCCUGCGCGCCAAGUACGUGGUGACGCGCACCCACGCCAAACGCGUCAUUCUGACCGUGUGGGCCACGUCGGUACUGUGUGCCAUCCCCAACACCAGCCUCCACGGCAUCAAAACCCUGGCCGCCCACUCGGGGCACCCCGACGGAGUGAUCGCCGAGUCGGCCAUCUGCAUGCUCGUGAAGCCAAAGUGGAUUUACAACCUGACCAUUCAGGUGACUACACUGCUGUUCUUUGCACUGCCCAUGCUGACCAUCAGCACACUCUACCUUCUGAUUGGCCUGCAGCUAAAACAAGAGAAGAUGCUUCAGGCACUGGAGGCCAAGUCAGGGCUGGGGCAAGAUGGCUACUGCAACGUCCGCAGCCAGCAGCAGAAAGCUCGACGUCGACAGGUCACAAAGAUGCUGUUUGUUCUGGUGGUGGUGUUCGGGAUAUGCUGGGCUCCAUUCCACACCGACAGGCUCAUGUGGAGCUUCAUCAGUGACGAGAACAGCGGCCACCUGGAGGUCUUCCAGUACGUGCACAUCAUCUCCGGUGUGUUCUUUUACCUCAGCUCUGCCGUCAACCCCGUCCUCUACAACCUCAUGUCUACCCGCUUCAGGGAGAUGUUCAAGGAGGUCAUGUGUCACCGGACGCGCCACGCGCCUCCAAGGAAAUACUCUCUCAGCGUCACGCGGGUGACGCUGCGAAGUACCCUCAGCGAUGCACUGCCUACCAAUGGUCCCGCCAUGGUCCAUGAAGAGGUCUGUGGCGUCUAUGGCAACAAAGAGGACGAGACAACAUUUGCGUGAUGGAAUGCCUGAGAAGGAGUGUUAUGAGAGCCAGGGGCGAUGGAGAUUGGCUCGGAUCCGGUGUGAAGGGAUAGUAUUUCGAUGGUGAAGAUCUUUGGGCCAUGGGCUUCGACCUAGUCAGCAUAUCACACAGGUUUAUGGGGGAGAGGUUAAAC